AUGGAUGAAACAAUUGUACAAACCGGUCAGUUCGAUGAUAUCGAGAUCGAUUUCAACAGACGUGAACGCGAUGACGUUGUCAUUCCCGACAGCGAGGAGGAGCGUGAAGUAUCCUAUGCCAAAAUAACCGCCAUGAUCCAUCAAGAAGGCCUGACGGACAGCGCCGUUGUCACCUCUUGGGAAAGCCCUCAACAUCCUCCGCUAUAUCCAAGUCUGAACACAAACGUGUUUGACUUUCUUUACGUCUUGCUCAACCGACAGCAUCGUGUGCUUUGGCCUCAUCAACUCACGUGGCGCGGCGAUGCUUUCGACUGUGGUCGGUCAGUCUUCCACCUACUCGGCAUGAUCCGCGAUCAAAUUUAUGACGCAGGCCAUGAAAGACUUAUAUGGCGUGACUUCAUGCAGACUGAGGCAAGCAUUCCUGGCACUCUAAAUGAAUCCCGAUAG